GAUAAUCAUCAUCUAUAAAUAUGUCGCCUACGCAGCUACGAGCUGAUUGGUUCAUCGACGCAGCUAGCUACGUGCGUUCGUUGAAGCAGCAGGAUUAAUUAUUAUAGGCCAUUCGACAGACCUCGAUCGAUCUCUCGUAUCGACUUAAUUCCAUCCUAGCCACGUACUGUACUCCAGUAUAAUCCCUUGAGUGAGUGAGAGACUGUGAGACGUACCCCGCAGGUAGCUAAUUAAUUAAAGGAAGGAAAGGGAAGGGAUGGCGGCUUCAUCUGCUGACAUGGAGAGGAUCUUCAAGCGGUUCGACAGCAACGGCGACGGCAAGAUCUCGCUGUCGGAGCUGACCGACGCGCUGCGGACGCUGGGGUCGACGUCGGCCGACGAGGUGCAGCGCAUGAUGGCCGAGAUCGACACCGACGGCGACGGCUUCAUCGACUUCAACGAGUUCAUCUCCUUCUGCAACGCCAACCCGGGACUCAUGAAGGACGUCGCCAAGGUCUUCUGAAUUCUCAUUCCCAUCCCAUCGCAUCCACCACCUAUCCAUCCUUCAUCUUAUCUUACUAUAUAUAAUAACCUACACUAUAUAUGCACUCAUAUAUAUUUCUCAUGUUAUUAUUAUAAUCAAUCUCCUCCCUUAAUUAUUCCUUUCAUUUCCUUUCCUUCCUACCUGCACCGAUCGACUCCUCCAUUUUUAUCCUUGAUAAUGAUAAUUUAUUAUUGAGGCACUUACCUCGAUCGCACAUGUAUGGGUUAUUUUCAUUUUUUUUUCAGGAAGGGAUACUGGGUUAAUUAAUUUGUACUGUGUUUCAGUUCACUGUAAUGCCUUUCUUUCUCUUCCUCUAUUAAAAAUAAACUCCGCUGAACUUUGAAAUGGUUCAGUUCCAUAUACUAUAUAUAUUUUGAUACGUACUACCUAA